UUUCAGAAUGUUUUACGUAUUGUUGUAUGAUGCGUACUGUAUAACUGUACCAGUAGUAUGGAUAAAUCUAGAGCAAGAUACAUUUCAAAUGCCAAAAAAAUGUAAACAGCUUACUGUAGCCUGUGUCAAACAGAUAUUGCCUUGCGAUGACUGGAACACAUUUGCAUUUCAUAAGAAAUUUGGUCCUUAUGAAUCGUAUCCACAUGCACGAUCGAUUGAAAAAGCAAUAAGUGAAAUGUCAACAUCAGACGACAAUAUUGUUAUACCGAAUGGAAAUUCAGAGAAUUCUUCGAAAAAGAGACUUAUAAAAAAACCGAAAUUAUACGGUGACUCAUCGAGUAGUGAUGAAUCAAAAAGAGAGAAGAUUACGGCGCCUUCGAAUUACAUUCCAACAGAAAGCGAACAUGUAUUGGAUUCAUUAAGCCAGGUUAAUGAAUCAUCGAUCACUAAACCAGCAUGCGAAUCCAUUGAAUUAAAUGAUGAGGAGUCUAAUUUGGAAACAGUCUUUGAUGAAUGGCUUAAUGUAGUAAUAGACAACAAUGAUUCAAACUCAAUAAACAAAGGAAAAUCAAUUGGUCGACCAGUAGUAUUGUCAGAUGUGAUAGUUCAUCCUAUCCCAAAUAAUACCACGCGUGAAAUGCACGAUACGAGUGGUUCAAAGUCAUACGAUGAUAAAAGAGAUGAUAAUCGAGAUGAGAGUGUAAAUAAUGAAGAUUUGGAAAAUCAGUCUAUACGUUUAGAGCACACAUCUUGUUGUGGAAAAUGCCGACAAGAAUAUUAUACAAAAUUUGCGACACUUGAACGUAAAAUGAACUGGAUCAUUCACUUUUUACAAAAUAGAAGAGAAGUACAAAAUGAAGUACAAGAAAUUGAUUCCUCUCUUUUACCGAAUUUUCCCCUCACAACAGUGGAACAAAUACAAGCUUUUAACAAGCAGUUAGAAAAUAGCAACGUUCGGCGACAAUUUAAUGCUUAA